AUGCCACAGGACAGGAGCUGGAUCUCACUGGUGCCCCCUGCCCCUGCCACUUGUGCAGCCCUGAGGAGAACUUCUCCAACACCAGCACCAGCAGCUCACACUGCAGCAGUACCACCAUCAUCUCCAGUUGCACUACCCUCUGCUGCUCCCAGGCAGCCAGGAUUGAUGGCCAAAAUGGCUAACACCACAACAGGAGUGGCAGUGGGAUCAGUUGUUGGGCAUACUAUUAGUCACGCCUUUACUGGGAGCUUCAGUGGUAGAAGCAAUGCUGAGCCUGCAAGGCCUGACAUCACAUACCAGGAGCCUCAGAGAUCCCAGCCAGGCUAA